GAAGGCCAGUCCAGCUUGUCCCAGGUCACCAGGCUAAUGGGCCUGUCAUUGAAGAGGAAGCUACCAGAAGCUGGACUGGAGACACAGUUUCUCUUCCACUGCUCCUUUACUUUAAAGAAACUUUAGUAAGGACCAUGCUCCUGCUUCCAUUGCUCCCUGUCCUUUUGUGUGUGUUGAGUGUGUCCUCAUCAGGGUCACAAACCUGUGAGGAUACCCUGAAGACUUGCUCUGUCAUAGCUUGUGGCAGAGAUGGGAGAGAUGGACCCAAAGGGGAGAAGGGCGAACCAGGUCAAGGGCUCAGGGGCUUGCAGGGCCCUCCAGGAAAAUUGGGGCCUCCAGGAAAUGUAGGAAUCCCUGGAUUACCAGGACCAAAAGGCCAAAAAGGGGAUCGUGGAGACAAUAGAGCCAUUGAGGCGAAGCUGGCAAAUAUGGAGGCAGAGAUAAGGAUCCUGAAAUCAAAACUGGAACUAACCAACAAGUUGCAUGCCUUCUCAAUGGGCAAAAAGUCUGGGAAGAAGUUCUUUGUGACUAACCAUGAAAAGAUGCCCUUUCCCAAAGUGAAGGCUCUGUGCACAGAGCUCCAAGGCACUGUGGCUAUCCCCAGGAAUGCUGAGGAGAACAAGGCCAUCCAAGAAGUAGCCAGAGGCGUCGCCUUCCUAGGCAUCACGGAUGAGGUGACUGAAGGUCAAUUCAUGUAUGUGACAGGGGGGAGGCUCACCUACAGCAACUGGAAAAAGGAUGAGCCCAAUAACCAUGGCUCUGGGGAACACUGUGUCACUAUAUUAGAUAAUGGUUUGUGGAAUGACAUUUCCUGCCAAGCUUCCUUUGUGGCUGUCUGUGAAUUCCCAGCCUGAGGACACUAGUGCCUCUGUCUUUUCCUUGGCUCCUCUCUGAACUCUCAGUUGUUUCCAAAGAAAAUUCAGUACUGAUUUCUCAAGCCUAAUUUUCAGUGAUUCUUUUGAGGGGAGAGGAUAGAUUUGGUUGAGGCAUGAGGACACGAAGGGAAGCUGACCAUCAGGUACCAGGGUCUAUAUGAGCACGGAGCAAAGGUCACAUCCAUUUUGCUAGGAACACAGCAAGGAGUCAACUAUGGAAAACCUACAAUAAAUAUCUCCCCCUAAAGGAUCAAAGGUGGGCCAUACCUGUGCCAGGGUGGCAGCUGAUCUCAGCCAUAAAAGCAUUCAAUUCCUCAUCUCCAUGAACUGUCACUAAGUGGUGUCAAAUUCACCUGUUUAAAGCCAUCCUCAGUUUACAAAGUG